CGCAGGGAGUUGUUUACUCUGCUCUGUAAUAAUGAACGUGUCCCAGGACACUCCUCUAGUCUAUUGUGGAUCCAUUCAAAUCAACAGAGGCAACCACUAGACUGGAUAACCCAACGGUAACAGCGCCGGCAAACUUUCUUUGUGGACUAUACCUCUGAGUCGCGUGGAUUUUAUUCUGCUUGUGGUUUAACUCUCUACAGACCCAUCUCACUAAAAGACAGCUGUGGCUACACUAUCAAGAGCGGCUUAAACAGCACAAAGUGAACUGUUGGAAGGAAAAGUCCUGAACAGAAGAACGUUCUGGACUCACUGAAAGAACAGGGUGAAAAAUCGGCACAUAAAAUAGACCUGUUCAUAUAUAGCCUGUGAUUAUCGAUUCAAAGUAAUUCCCAGCUCUGUUUUGUGACAGUGUGGCUACCAGCAUCCAUACCCUUUAGUGAAGUGGUGAGCGGAAAUAUUGUCUUGUUUUGCUGAAAAAGAGACAGUUCCCAGUACCAAAACAGUUUCAGAGACCACAAGACUUGGUGGAUGAAUAAAGCCCUGUCGCAAAGCUGUACCAUGGAACUUUUAUAGGGGAAAUGCCUGUCAUGCAUACCAUGGGAAGCCCAGAAUGUGGCUUGUCCCGUUCUGCUUUACAAACCCUCUCAAGAAGCCACUGCAAAAACAUCAAACAGAAGAUCUCCCAGUGGGAGGGGAGAAGCAUCACUGGAUCAUGUGGAGACCUACUGAGCGAAAAGCCAUCAAGAACCUUCAGUAAUACAUUUGCAAGGUCAACUGCAGAGGGAUUGGACAACAGGAAACAUGGAUUAAAUCAUACUAAACAUUUGGGUUUGGAUUUUAGGGAAGAAACAAGGGGUGAUCUAUACGAUGGUGAAAAUAACAGGUUGGUCAAUGAAGAGGCAGAAAGCCCUACUAUUUAUGACCAACAGUUUUCAGACCCAGAGAUGGACCUUCCUCCUGGAAACUUUUACACUUCUGCAGGGAUGUUUAAGAAAAGCAACUAUAUUUCAGAAGAAGAUUUAACAGCGAUGGUAAUGGAAUUUAAAAGGAAAAGGGGGAAAAACAUUUCAAAAGAGAAGGAACUUAAUUUGAGAGGCCUUGCAAAUCAGAUCACUAUUAUGAAAAGCAUGGAAAAUAUUUAUUGUGAUUCGGGGCAUUUAAACGCUGCUCCAUCUAUAAACCCAGUCCCUAAACCCCGAAGGACAUUUCGCUAUUCCACAGAGCAUCGCCAUGAUGAGCGCAAGGACAAUCACCAUCAUCGAAGGAGACGGUCCGUAGACGAGAGUGAUACAGAAUCUUCUGAUCCUUCUGCUCCUCCUUCUGAGCCUAAAAAGCCUGGAAACAGGAAAUUAAGACCGAGAUCAAAAAGGAAAUCCUUUGAAUUUGAAGACGUCCAGACUUACAGGCGUUUCCUACAAAAUUCAAACCACCCUCAGAUCUCUGAGGAAUCUACAGACCAUUCAAGGCCUGCUGUGUACCAUACUGUGUCUGAGGAAAACAUCUACGAGGAUAUUAUGUAUCCAGUCAAAGAACACCCUUAUGAAGACAUCAAAAUCUCCCCCCUACCUUUGUGGAGGGCACCAUCUAUAUGGAAGUUGCCACCUCCAAGAUGUACUAUCAAAGCCCCUAAGAUCCCAUCUAAACCAAACUUUUUGAAAAGGCAAACACUGGAACUCAAAAGCACAAAAUUAUACCUUCACAAGAAGACACCAAAGGAUUCCACCCUGCCAGUCACACUGAUGGAAUGGAAGAUUUUCAGAAGUGGAGGAGAUACAGCUAAGAAGAGAAAGAAGUUCCCUAGGUUGGUGAUGAAAAUACAGGACAUCUUUGAGGCUAAACGAGGGAAGAAGAGGGUUAAAGUUCAGACCUAUGUGGGUCAAUUCACUCCUUCCUCAAAAGGAGAAGCUAGUGAAUCUGAAAGUGAAACAGAAGAUCGCCAGAGAAGACACAAGCGUUUGACUCACGUGCAGAGCUCAUUAAAGAGGAACCCUCAUUAUCAGACCCUGGAGAGGGACCUCAUUGAGUUCCAGGAACAGCAGCUGUUUGAGCUCUUUGUGGUAGUCUCUUUACAGAAAAAGCCUUCAGGAGAUGGUUACAUUCCAUAUAUAACCCAACAAUAUCCCAAUAAGAAUGAUCAGCCACUUAGGCAAUCCAAAGACACAGAGGAAAGACUUAAAGUCAUCCCACAAUUUUGUUUCCCUGAUUCCAAAGACUGGGCUCCCACCUCAGAUCUGAAAAGUGAAACUUUUUCUUUUGUCCUCACUGGAGAAGAUGGAAGCAGGUGGUUUGGCUACUGUAAAAAGCUUUUGCCACAGGGCAAAGGGAAGCGGCUGCCUGAGGUCUAUUGCAUGGUUAGCCGAUUAGGCUGUUUCAACCUCUUUUCUAAGAUAUUGGAUGAAGUAGAAAAAAGACGAGAGAUGUCGCCAGCUCUGGUGUCUCCUUUCAUGCGCAGUGUCAUGGAGGCUCCCUUUCCGGCUCCCGGACGUACAAUAACUGUGAAAAGUUUCCUGCCGGGUUCAGGAAAUGAGGUCAUAGAGCUUUGCAGGCCCAUGGACUCGCGUCUCGAGCAUGUGGAUUUUGACUGUUUGUUUAACUGCCUAAGUGUGUCUCAUCUUAUCAAGGUCUUUGCCUCACUGCUUCUUGAGAGACGAGUUAUCUUUGUAGCUGAUAAUCUCAGCACCUUAUCUAAGUGUGCACAUGCAGUGGUUGCCCUGCUCUACCCAUUUACUUGGCAACACACCUACAUUCCUGUUCUGCCAGCUUCCAUGAUUGAUAUUGUCUGCUCGCCCACUCCUUUCCUAAUUGGCAUACUCUCCUGCUCAUUACCUCUGCUAAGCGACCUUCCCAUCGAAGAGGUACUAAUAGUUGAUCUCUGUGCAAACAAAUUUCUUCAACAGCUAUCAGAUGAAGAUGACAUAUUACCUCACAAGCUUCAAGCUGCAUUAGUCCAGAUCUUGGAGCAGAGAAAUGACAUCAUAUAUCAUGAACAGCAUUUCACUGAAGAAGAUGUGACCUUGAACUCUCUGGUAACAGAAGCCUUUGUGUGGUUCUUUGUGGAGAUUAUGGGACACUACUCGUUACACAUGUAUGUGAAUGAAAAGGGCGAAAGGGUCUUCCAGAGAGAUCCCUUCCGAAAAUCACACACUUCCCGGAGCAUACGUCAGUUUCUUGAUCUUUUUAUGGAAACGCAGAUGUUUGCUGGAUUCACUCAGGAUCGGGAGCUGCGGAAGAGUGGCGUUAAAGGUGUUUUUGAGGUGCGAGCCAUUGAAUAUCUAAAGACCCUUCCUGAGACAGAGCCUAGCAGUGUCAAUAAAUUUUUAAAAGGCCUGAGUAGCAAAAUGAAGUUUCUUCAGAAGAAAUGAGCAUCUGUAUUGUUACACCAUAACUAGAAUAUAGUGACUCCGAAAAAUAUGUCGGAGCUGAAAUGUUGUCUAGAGUAGCUGCAGAAUCAUCACAAGGUUCCUGC